UGUAUUCCUCCUGACUCCUGUCCUGUCCAUGAUGAGAACGUGAGCUGUCUGGGGCAAUGGACGUCUGUUUGUAGAUUUUGACGUUUUGUUUGUGAUCAACUGCUGAAGACUUAGGUUUUAUUUGAAACCAUUUCUUUAUUAAAUCACUCUACCAACAGUCAAGACAUGAAUUCUAUUGAAGACAAUACACCAAUGAGUCCAAUGCAAGAAGACCAGGGUGGGGCAAGUGAUGAUGAAGAUAGAAACUCUGAUAUUUCUUCAUACUCACGCAAAUCCAGGGCAUCUCGAAGAUCAGGAUCAACUUCUCCGAUUCAGAACAGAUCAAGAUCAAAUUCAGCAUCUAACCAUGGAUCAAGAGCUUCCAAGUCUCGGUCCCGAUCUCGUUCAGGGUCUAGACUUCAGUCCCCUAUUAAUUCUAAUCCCAAUUCAAGACCAAGUUCUAUUUCUCCUCCCAGAUCCCCCUCAAAUGUUGGAUCCCCUAGAUCCAGACAUUCCUCAAAAUCAAGUACUGGGUCUAGGCAGUCAAGAUCUAGAUCAAUAUCACAGCCAAAAUCAAGGGAGGAAUCAGUUGCUUCAAGGUCUCGUUCACGUUCAAAAUCAUCAUCACCAGUAAAGGAAAAAUCAAAAUCACGUUCACCAUCAGUUUCAAGGGGAAAAUCACAUUCUAGAUCAAGGUCUAGAUCUAGAGCUAAAUCUGGUUCUCGUUCCAGAUCAGGUUCUAGAGCUAAAUCUGGAUCGCGAUCGAGAUCACCAUCAAGAGCUAAAUCUGGGUCACGGUCAAGGUCACACUCAAGAGCUAAAUCAGCAUCACGAUCAAGAUCUCCUUCAAGAGCUAAAUCUGGAUCACGGUCAAGAUCAGGCUCAAGGGCUAAAUCCAGGUCACGCUCUCGUUCAAGAUCAGUUUCUCAAGCAAAAUCAAGGUCACGUUCUAGAUCAGGUUCAAGAGUAAAAUCUAGAUCUCGAUCAAGGUCUGGGUCAAGAUCCAGAUCAGGUUCAAGGGCCAAAUCAGGUUCACGAUCACGGUCAGGUUCAAGAGCUAAGUCAGGAUCAAGAUCACGAUCAGGUUCAAGAGCUAAGUCAGGAUCAAGAUCACGGUCAGGUUCAAGGGCUAAGUCAGGAUCAAGAUCACGGUCUGGUUCAAGAGCCAAAUCUGGAUCUCGAUCUAGAUCUGGAUCUAGAGCUAAAUCUAGAUCACGUUCAGGUUCACCAGCUAAAUCCCGCUCACGCUCAAGAUCUGUUUCAAGAGCAAAAUCUGGUUCACGUUCAAGGUCAGGAUCAAGAGCAAGGUCAAGAUCAAAUUCCAGGGCUAAAUCAGGGUCAAGAUCACGGUCAGGAUCUCGUGCAAAAUCUAGGUCUCGUUCAAGAUCAGGUUCAAGAGCAAAAUCUGGAUCACGCUCAAGGUCUGGAUCAAGAGCCAGAUCUAGGUCACGAUCAAAAUCACGCUCUAGAUCACGCUCUGGAUCAGGAGGAAGGAGUGAUGAAGAAGUGAUUGAAGAACGCAGAUCAGUUGUGGACAGUGAAUCGGAAGACGAGAACAAAAAUGAAACCAAAGACAAGAAGAAACCUAGGAGUAGAGAUGGAAGUGGCAGUGAAGAUGAAAGCGUUGUCAAACCAAAGAAGAAGCGUCCAGUUGACGAAUCUGACGAUGAAGAUCAACCUGCAUCCAAGGCCAAGAAGAAGAAGAAGUCUGCUGUUUUGUCUGAAUCAGAAGAUGAGGAAGAUGGUGGUGAAAAACGGAAGCGAGCUGUCAUGUCAGAUUCAGAAGAUGAAGAAAAAAGUCCUAAGUCUGCAGAUGGCCAAAUCUACCACGCUUAUCGGUUUUUGUCGUCACAAUGGAGAAAUCCCAUCAUUUCUCCGACCAACUAUUCAUCUGAACAACUUCUCCGCACACGUGACAUUCGAAAACGAGACGCAAGAUUGGGUCAGGCUCAGAGGAUGAAGAUGGAGUUGAAGGAGAUAAUGGAAGUGAUAAGGAAGACCUGGAGGGAGAGAAGGCAGAGGAAGGAGGUGAGGGUGUUCCAGAGGGGUGCAGAAGGGGAAGAUGGAGCUGCACCUGAGGAGGGGGCAGUGCUUCCCAGCAUUUCGGAUGAAGAUUCAGACGAUGAUAGACCCAAUAGGAAUGAUGGCGGUUUUGCCUCUGACUUUGAGCUGAUGUUGUUAAAGAAGAAAGAAGAAAACACGAAAAGGAGAAAGAGAAAAGACAUAGAUAUUAUCAAUGAUAAUGAAGACAUUAUUGCACAAUUACUGUCUGAUAUGAAACAUGCAGCUGAGGAAGACAGGAAGUUAAACCAGAUGAGUAAACCGGCCACCAACAAGAUUGCAAUGUUGCCAAAAGUGAUGAGUCAGCUAAAGAAGUACGAUUUGCAGCUCACAUUCAUUGAACAGAACGUUUUGGCUGUACUGACAGACUGGCUGGCACCCAUGCCCGACCGCAGUCUACCCUCACUCCGUAUCCGAGACAGUGUGUUGCGGCUGCUCAAAGAGUUUCCCCGAGUAGACCAGUCUACACUGAAGCAAUCUGGCAUAGGAAAAGCUGUCAUGUACUUGUAUAAACACCCUAAGGAAACUAAGGAGAAUAAAGAGCUGGCCGGGAGACUAAUAAAUGAAUGGGUUCGACCCAUCUUCAAUCUUUCGACUGACUUUAAAGCCAUGAGCAGGGAAGAGAGGCAUCAGAGAGACCUGGAACAGAAACCUCAGAGAAGACGCAGUUCCGCAGACAAAGAGCCUUCCCCGGUCAAGAAACAAGAUAUUACAAAGGCCAUCCAGGGAGAGGGAGCUGUCCUGAGGCCUGGAGACAAAGGAUGGGUGGGCAGAGCUAGGGUGCCGAUUCCUUCCAACAAGGAUUAUGUAGUUAGACCCAAAUGGAAGACUGAUGUGGACAUGAGUAGGACUACUAAAAAGCAGAUGAAUAGAUUCGAGAAACAUAUGAAGAACUUCAUUGACAGCAAGAGGUUGAAACAAGCUAGACGAGCAGUUGAGAUAUCUAUAGAGGGCCGAAAAAUGGCCCUUUAGUGUAAAACUCUACUUGAAACUGGCUCGUCUGUGAUAGAUUAUGUUGACUCGACUAUUUUUCACUUUGUUUACAGUGUAAGACAAAAAUUAUAUUUUUUUCUGCGUUUGGUUUAUAUUAUAGGCUAUAUUGCCAUAUGGCUACUGUAUUAUACGGUAAUAUUUGAAAUUAUUUGUAGACUUUGUAUUGUACUGACGUAGAUUGUACCGAUAGUAAUAUCGUUUAAAUAAAUGUUGUAAAUAAA